AUGCAUGGUAUACACGCCAGAACCGGAAAUGGACUUUGGGCUGUAAUUAAUAACGCUGGAGUUCUUGGAACAGCAGGGCAGUGCAUCUGGCAAACUAGACAAGAUUUUGAAACCGUGUUAGCAGUUAAUUUUUAUGGUGUUGCUAUGGUAACAAACGCUUUUUGCCCGCUAGUAUUGAAAGAACAUGGUCGUAUUGUGAAUGCAUCAAGUGUGGUGGGUCGUUUUGCAGCUGGUCCGGCUGCGUACGUCGUUUCAAAGCAUUGUGUGGAAGCAUUUUCUGAUGUACUCAGACGGGAACUUUACAGAACAGGGGUAAAGGUAUGCAUAGUUGAGCCUGGAGCAUUUAAGACGGGAAUUCUUGAUCCAAGGGCUCAAUUAAAAAGACUAGACAAUAAAGUUAACAGCUUGCCAGAAGGAAUAAAGGGGAAACUGCGAGAAGAUUACAUCAGCAAAAGUCUGGCAAGGUUUAUAAAGGACACUUCUCAUGCCUCCAUUAAUUUCAAUGAGUUUGUCGGCGCCUACAUACAUGCCAUUACCGCUAGGUAUCCAUUGAAAAGAUAUCUGGUUGGCAAAGACGCAAAAAAAUUUAUGCGGGCAUUGUGGCUGCUUCCUGAAUGCGCAAGUGAUUUCAUCAUUGAUAAAUUUAGUGGAGUGGAUAUUUAUAUGGAGUAG